GCUCGUAAGUCUAAUGUCAAUGUCAACAAAGAUGGCGGACAUUCUUUGCUAGACUGAACCACAGUAGAUCGAUUAUUGAGCCUCGUUCAUUUGCAUCUAAAAAUCACGCUCUUAUCAUCAAAGAUUUCACCUCUGUUGGUCGCAGCAAAGGAUUUACUACAUCAAGCUCUAAACUAUGGCAGAAAUACAUGUUAUAGGAGAAAUUGUAGGUGCUGCAGGAUUCCCUGAACAUAGCCUUUUUUGUAAAUGGGGUAUCCACAUGGGUGGUGCAUGGAAGGUUUUGUCCGGUUUACGUGAAGGUCAAACACAGGUCGACAAUCCACAGAACCAGGAGGCAGCUUACUGGUCUCAUCCCAUUGAUCUUCACUUAGCUACCAAAGGACUCCAAGGGUGGCCAAAGGUUCAUUUUCAAGUGUGGCAUCAAGAUUCUUUUGGAAGGAAUGAAUUGUAUGGUUAUGGUUUUUGUCAUAUUCCAACCUCACCUGGAAUUCAUGAUAUUGAAUGUCCAACAUGGCGGCCAGCCGGAGAGUUCCGAGAACAAGUGUCACAGCAUUUUCUUGGAGGUGGUCCACAGCUCAAAAACCCAGACUUGAUAUACAGUGGUGCAGAUAGAUACAGACUUCAUACAGUGGCCAUGGGCAAAGUUCACUUACAGCUCGGUGUGGUUCUCAGGAACUUUGAUAAAUAUGGAAUAGAAUGCUGAUAUCCGUCCAGAAUUAAUUGAUAUUUACUACAUUUUCAUAUAGAAGAUAAAACCUGUCUAUAGCUAUUGUGUGACAAGAGGUCAUAAAAAUGGUUCAUAUUAGACAUGUGGUUGACAAGACAGAUUUGAUUCUAUACUUUUGGAAAGGAUCCAAAUACGCAUUAAUUUAUAAUAUUUCCUAAAACUAUUUGUUACAUGUUGAAAACAUUAACAUUAUUUCUAGGUAAUUUUGUUACCCUUUCUUUAUGGUUCUUAUGAAUUUGCCACACAAGGUUAGACUGAUGUUAUAGUUAAACAAUUAGCUAGUGUAGGUCUGAUGAUUAGCAGUACUUAUAUUAAUUAUGUACCAGUGUAUUUUUAUCCCACAACUGCUAUAGGUUUCAUCUCACCGAAGGCCAUAUGUAUAGUAUGAAAUUAUCUUUAUCAGAGAUGUUACAUCAUAUACAAAUGUUUUUCAUUUGUGGAAUAAAUGAAAUAUGCACCUUGUCAUAAUUGACAGGGUUCCAUCGAUGAGACAAUAUGUGACCUGAUAAGUUAAGUUUCAGUUUAUUUUCUGUGUAAUCGACUCACUAAAUCAUAUCAUCACAUAGUGAGCUGUUUGUAUGUCAGUGAAAUAAUGUGACCAUGAUGUGCCAGAUUUUGUCGUUGCAUCUUUUCACUAAUGAACAUUUUGUUAUGAUAUGAUAAAGCAAUAUUGGUUGGAUUUUAACAAGGAGUCAGCUGACCAAAGGUCAAGGUCACCUGGACAAAGGUCAAGGUUUCACUGAUGAAUAUUAUGUUAUGAUACUUUGAAGAAUGUUAGCAAUAACUAAAGGAGUCAAUUGACUAAAGGUCAAGGUCUCAGGGUCCAAUGUCAAGGUCAAAUUUGAUGAACAUUUUGUCAUGGCGUGAUGAAGCAGAGAUGUUCAGAAUAAACAACUGACCAAAAGUAAAGAUCAUUGGGUCAGACGUCAAGGUCACUUAGUCAAAAGUAAAGGUCAAAUUUUGCAUCAUUUCAUUGAUAAACAUUUUGUUAUGAAUGUUGGUUGGAUUUUAACAACGAGUCAAUUGACUUAAAGUCAAGGUCGCUGGGUCAGUGGUCAAGGUCCAAUUUUAUAUUUGUUAACUGAUGAGAUUCUUUGUGGUGACAUAAUGAAGUUAAGCUAGUCAGAAUUUGACAAGAAAUCAACUUCUUAUAACGUCACUGGGUCAAUGUCAUGGCAAAUUAAGUAUCUUUUUAGUGAUGAACAUUUUGCUAUGUUAUUAUGAAGCAAAGUCAGUCAGAACUAAACAAGGAGUCAACUGACUAAGGCAAAGGUCCCGGGUCGAAAGGCCUAAAGUCAAUGUCAAGUUUAGGAUUUUUUCCUUGAUGAACAUUUUGUAAUGAAAUUAUGAAGCAAAAUUUAUCUGAAUAAAAGGAUAAGUCAAAUGACAAAAAAUAAGGUCACCGGAUUAUAGUUUGUUUGUUGGGUUUAUCAACCUAUGAACUGCUGGCGUUAUGCGAAGGCAGGAACUCUUUGUAUUAGUUAGUGGCUACCUCACUAUACAAUAUAGGGGAGGCCUGACUCAAACCAUGGAGAGCACUUGGGACUAUGUGUCUUUCUGAAGUGUCUGUUUCUUAGCUUCUUAAGAAAUUUGGAUUGAGGCACAUCAUAGUAAAUAUGAAAUGUAUAUUUUGCUUUUAAUUUUGAAGCUCAAAUGUCAACUUCAGCGAUAUGGGCAGAUGUCUUUUUGAUGAUUAAUGGGGAUAUUAUAUUGCCAUGGGAACCUUGCUGACCUGUCAGUGUUCUAGUUAAAUUUUCUGUUGGGGAAAAAAAAAGAGUACCAUCAAGAUGGAUUUAAUUACUUGGUACAACAAGAGGGCCAAGGCCCUUAACGGCCAUCUGACAAUUGAAUCAAUAUUAUAUAGAAAGCAAGUUACAGCAAAAUUCCCCUUUAGGGGCUAAGCCCCAUGGGUUGCCCCAGCUUCAUUUAUAUGAAAUAUGUUUUGUCUCCUCCAAUGAUGUUUCACACCAAAUUUACUCAAAUUUUAAGAAAGAGUAGGGUUUUAAAGCAAAAUUUCAGCAAAGUUACCCUUUUGAGCCCCACCCCACUGGCCCCAGGGAUCACACUGCCCUCUCCCAAUCAUGUUUUACAACAAAUUGGGAUGUAAUCAACCCCUUUUUGGGCCCCGCCAGACUAGCCCGAAGGGGUCAGACCAGCCUCAUUUAUAUAAAAUAUGAUUGCCCUCCCCCAAUGAUGUUUCACAGCAAAUUUCGUUGUAAUCCACUCAAGGGUUAAGAAGGAGUAGGGUUUUAAAGCAAAAAUUCACCCCAAAGUUUUCCUUUUGGGGCCCUGCCACACCAAAGGGGUGAGACCAGUUUCAUUUAUAUAAAAUAUGUUUGCUCUUCCCCAAUGUUUCAUACCAAAUUUGGUAGUACUCCGCUUUGGGUUAAGGAGGAGUAGGUUUUUGAAAGUAAAAGUCUAAGUGUGGACAGCGGUUGCCGGGCAAAGCACGAUGGCUAUUGGUCAUCCUAACCCUUCGGGUCAGAUGACCUAAUAAAAAUGUACCAAUGACCACAUCUACCUUUGUUCCAUGUAGACAUUUUGGAAUGCAUUCUACAAACUUGUAACUGUCAGGGUAAGUGUACAGCAUUAAAAUGAGAUACACUCCAAAUAAGAUAAAAAGAACACAUCGAAAUUGGAACUCUUCAUAUUUAAUUAUUUCUUUCUUACCAAAUGACUAUCCACCGAUAUUAAUAGUGUGUGUCACUGUUCAACAUAAAAUCAGUGUUGGGUGUUAAAUUUUACCUUGCAUUGUAUUUCAUUCAUACAUGUAGCACAAUAGACAUUAUCUUGACUUGUAUUUACUGACCUAAUUGUCGUAUUACAUAUUGCAGCAUUAUUCAUGAAAUAAUGUUACAUGUCAAAAUUAUAAAUAAAUCUUAUAUUUGCAAUGAUA